GCUUCAGUCAACAAACUGGAAUCGCCUCUCUGCAAUUCUCUCAUUUUCAGCGGCACUCUGCUCGAUUCUAUACCUCCAAAUCAAUCGUUGUUCAGUUUCAUCCGUGAAUUGAUCGGAAAAUCCACCUGAGUUCAUUGUAUUCUCGAAUUCUUUCCGAUUUCCAAGCAUCAAAUUCUUAGAAAUACAGUCUUGAUUUCACUUCCAGACUUGGAAAUGCUCAAAUUCAAGACGAUCAAGAAGAAGAUGUGGAUUUUCUCUCUGUGAUUCUCCCCGAUUAACCAUCUAUUUGCAGAAAUCGUUAUGGAAGGGAGGAAGAAACGAUCAAUCAAAGUCACGAUCAUCGCGAGAAGAGUUACCAGCAAGAUUUUCAGCAACAGAGUCUGUGUACAACAAAGCUUCCCUCUCCAUAAACUCUCCUUUUGGUUUGCCCCAACGAAUCGCCCUCCUGGACUAUUGUCUUCGACUUUCGGUUCGUAAGUGAUUUCCUAGUAACGAUUUCUCUAUUGGGGUUUUUGGAUUUUGCAAUCUAUGGCGUAUUCAUACGAUGCGACUGCUUCAAUCGACUCGUUUUUACAUAGUUUAGAGAAUUUUAAUUGUGGAUUUGUACGUGGUGGAUCAAUAUUAUCUCAGUCUUUAGUGUUGAAUGGUGAGAAGGGAGGGGUUGCAAAAGCCCCAAUUCUGCCGGCGAAGAAAAGGGGGUCGGAAGAGAAAGUACUUGCAGCGUUGAAGAAUCAUAGCGAGGCGGAGAGGCGGAGGAGAGAGAGAAUCAAUUCUCAUCUCUCGACCCUGCGUGGCCUUGUUCCUUGCCCUGCAAAGAGGGACAAAGCCACACUGCUAGCUGAAGUUGUUAGCCAAGUGAAAGAAUUGAAGAAGAAGGCUGCAGAAGCCAUCAAUGGUGUUUUUGUUCCAAUGGAUACCGACGAAGUCAAAGUCGAACCUUGUGGAAUCGAAGCAAAUGCCGCAUACAUGACCUUCAAGGCAACCCUUUGUUGCGAAUACCGACCCGAGCUUCUAUCUGAUCUUAAACAAGCUCUUGAUGCCCUUCACCUGAAGUUGGCAAAGGCAGAAAUAUCAACUUUGGGAAACCGGGUGAAGAACGUUUUCUUUUUCACCAGUUCCAUUGCAGAGAACGGUGAGCAUUCCAAGGCUUCCCAACGUCUCGUAUCAUCGGUUCAUCAGGCAAUAAGCUUUGUACUCGAGAAAGCUUCAUCCCAAGAAUAUUCGCCUAGAACGACACUCCCAACGAAAAGGCAAAGGCUGUGUAGCUCCUAUACAUCAAGCUCCUCCUCUGGAUCAUAAAUUCUGUUUGUGUCAACAGGUAAUACCACUCAUUUUCAUCUCAAACUUGCAGUUGUGUGAUAUAUUCAGCUGUGAUAAGCAUGUCUACUCUGUAUGUUUGGCUCAAUCAGCUUAAGAAGUUGGAAUGCUUUUCGACUAUGAUUGGGCAUAUAUUGUAUUCUGUUUUUUUUUUAGUUAUUGUAUAAUCAAUUACUUUGUGGAA